UCUGUAAGUGCUCUAAACUGAGCUUAGCUAAAGGACUUUCCUUUUCCUUUUCCUUUUCCAUUUCUUUUCUUUUUCAUCACUUACUUUAAUUUGCAGGCUUUUUUCAACUAUCUCACUGAUCUCUUCCUGCAAAAGAUAUACUUAUAAAACUGUCCACAAAACUCUUUACAACAAAAAAACUUCUUUUUUUAUGCUAUCAAAAAACCAAACUUAAUAUCAAAGCCAAGAAAAAAACUGUCCCAAAAAUGGACUUCAACAUGAAGCAAUGGAAAAACCAACAACAACAACAGCAGAAUGAGUCAGAAGAAGAAAUACAAACACAAAUACCUUCUGCUAAAUUACCAAGACUUGUUCUUGAUCUUGACUCUUCUUUUUCACAUUCUGCUUCUGAUUCUGCUCUUCCUUUAUUUAUAUCUGAACCUACUAAAUUGUCAGCAUAUUCUCUUUCUUCAGAUUCAACUUUCACUCCCACCAAAUUUACAAGAAUGGGAAGUAGUUAUUUCAGUUUGGCACAGUGGCAAGAACUUGAAUUGCAGGCUUUGAUUUACAGACAUAUGUUAGCUGGUGCACCUGUUCCUCUUGAAUUACUUCAUCUUGUUAAGAAAAGUCUCAUUAAUUCUUCUCCUUAUAAUUACUUGCCUCAAUCUUUUCAACAAUAUCACCACUAUCAACAAGCUUUGGUACAAUCAGGAUAUUGGGGAAGAACAGGCAUGGAUCCAGAGCCAGGGAGAUGUAGGAGAACUGAUGGGAAGAAAUGGAGAUGUUCGAGAGAUGUUGUUAGUGGCCAUAAAUACUGUGAACGCCACGUGCACCGUGGCCGCAACCGUUCAAGAAAGCCUGUGGAAAUCCCCACAACCGCCGCCCCAUCUGGCGGUGUUAACACCGCCAACAAUGACGGCGGUGAAGUCCUUAAAGUCAAUAGUGGCCAUGCUAGUGGUGCACCUCAUUUUACUCUAUCUGGAACUUCACCUUCCAUUGAUGUUCUUCACCUCAAUCAAAGGCCCUCAGAAUGCAUUAAGGAGCAAAAGGGCCCAUUGGAAGCCCAAAAUGAUGUUACUGGGGAUGGUAAAUCCAGUGGCCAAAUCCUUCGCUGCUUCUUUGAUGAUUGGCCUAGACAACUUCAAGAAGGUAACAAUGCAAGAAGCAAUGGUAGCUCUGUGUCUUCUGCUACCAACCUCUCCAUUUCAAUGCCCGGAAACCCCUCGUCCGACUUCUCGUUAAAGCUCUCAACCGGAGAUAGACAUAACUCUGGUGUUGGAGUCAGUAAUGUUGAACGAUCCCCGUGGGGAACGAACCAAGUGACAUCGAUGGGCGGACCACUAGCCGAGGCUUUAAGGUCAUCGACGUCCAACUCGUCGCCAACGAGCGUUUUGCAUCGGUUGCCGCGGGGCAGUGCAUCGGAGGCUAGUUAUGUUAGCACUUGAGUAAGCAAGUGCACUGUUGAUUUUUCAUGACAAUGGUAUUUUUGUACUCUUGUAAACUUCUUUUGGCUUGUUCUACUCUUCUGCAUUGGGGCACCUAACAAAGCUGGUGCAUGCAAUGUGGAGUUUGUAUUAUUUUGGUUUCUGUAGGUGAAAUCAUGAAUGCUUUGCUUUGCUUUGCUUA